CAUGAUUACCAUUCUCCUCUUCCCACGCAUCACAAACUCACCACUAAAAUGGACCGACUAGCCCCAGAGAUCAUAUCUAAUAUCAUUUCACACCUUGUACCAUAUGAGUAUUUCUCGCCAGCUAAAUUCUACGACGAAACCAGACCUCCAAUACGCUGUCUCGCACAUCUAGCAGCACUAUGUCGCCAUUGGCAACCUCUCAUUGAAGAAGCAUCAUUUCGUGAGCUCAAGUUGACCUCAGAGUCGGUCUCUUAUGCAAUUGAGAACGGCAUUCUCACCCCCAGGCGUCUUUCGUAUAUUCGUCGGCUCGAUUACUCGUUUCCAUCACCAGAUGAAGCAUCUCCUCCAACAGUAAGCCCCGAAACUGACUCGGGUUUUCUGCCUCUUCUACAGUUACUCGCUCAAAUACCUUUGCAAGAGGAGCCGCUCGUCGAACUCCUCGUUACUAUUCCUUCCGCAUUUCUCAGAGGACCCAAAUAUCUGAGUAAACUGGAAGACCACGUCCAGGACAAUUUCGAGAGCAUCAACACAUGUCUCCCAGAAGUGCCCAUGAUACGACAUUUGUUCUUCAGCGAUGGUUUUGACCGCUUUUUCUAUUCUCCACGCUCUAUCUGCUUAAUAGCGGGUACGAUGUCGCGUCUGAGAUCACUUGCUCUGAGUCUGACGUCUGGAAGAAGAUCGAAUGAUUCAGUAAACGAGAGAAAUGACCUUGGACGGUCGUUGCAUGGUUUGCCUUCAUCAAUUCAUCAGUUCGACCUCGAUUACUCUGUGAGACCAUCCUUGCCGAAAGAUGCCCUGGCUCCUGUCGGCGCAGAAGAAGAUAUUUUGAGUCGAGAGCUAUACCGAUUCUCACAAAGAGAGGGACUGAAAGAUUUCUCCUUUGAGGGGAGCAUCGAACCUACUAUCUUCUGGCCAUCAGAGUCAGAUACAGCUGAAGACCCUUACUGGCCAAGCCUCAAAGCUUUCGUCCUCACUCCACAUGAUAUCUCACCCUCAGGGAGGCGGCUCCUUGUCCAUAAACCCUGGCGAUCAGCAGAUAACGCCACCGAUUGGCGUCGUAUGUAUCCCGUUGACGAUGUGGUGAACGAAUAUUUUGUGGCGGCGGCGCGAUGUGUAUCUCGCAUGCCAAAGGCGGAAUAUCUCUCUAUAGAGCUCAAAGACUCGUGGUACACGAAUCUUGUUUUCUGCACCGGGUAUCCUGACGACCCUGAGGAGCCGAUUUUGAGACUCUCAGGAGGAGGAGGCCCCAAGAUCUUUGAGGAGACUGAGCAGGAAUGGCGGAAGACGGUGGGCAUUCACAACUUGGAGUUUUCUAUGGAGGUUGAUGAGGAGCAGAGCUAGGCAUAAAAAUCCGGGUGUAGUCGGAGGCUGAAUGUGAAUAUUCGCAAGGUUAAUUGACUCUGUUGGGCAUCUCACUGUUGGAUCUUGCUGAAGAUGUAUCAAGCAGCUCCUAUUAACUCACGGUCAUAACUCAAAUACAUAGCCACGCUAGAGGGUAGCAGAAAACCUAGGACUAAAUUCCUGAGUAAUAAAAGGGGUUAAAUAAAAUUAGGAUACUUUAGGGUAGUUUAUAAUAAACUUAGUACACUGUUUGA